GCGCACACGCUCGCAAGUCUCGCAACAUGGCGGUCACGGUAACAUACACCAACGAACUCGUGCUGCAACUCGUCCAAGCCUACAAAAACCACGACCUUCUCUGGGACCCUUCCAACCCCGAUUUUAAAAACAGAACGAAGAAAAACGACGCGUGGGACGACAUCGCCAAUACCGUGAAUAUACCGAGAAGGGAAGUUGAAUCCAAAAUACAUACAUUGCGUUCGCAGUUCGCUAGAGAGAAGAAGAAAAUAUCUCAGUCGAGAAAAAACGGGAUAGAGUUGAAAUACUCUUCGUGGUUUGCCUACGAGCCGAUGAAGUUUUUAUUGAAAGGAGAAACAGAGACUGACGGAAUCGAUAAUUCUGAGAUGCGAAACAGCCACAGUGAUGAACUCUCCGAGCCUUACCACGUCGAAAAUUUCCAGCUAGCAGCCCCCAUCCCAAUGCAUUACGAAUCAAUUCAAUUCAAUUUAUUUAUUUUGCGUGAACAUACACAGUUGUCAUGGACAUCAGAAGCGGGUAAAGAAUCAUUCAGAGACUCCGAGACAUCACUGUCGGUGAGAUUGAUGGAGUUCAUUAUACUUGAGUUGUUGGAUAUACUGUGCUUUGUAGAGUCACGCACACGAGCUACAGACACAACAGCAAACUUAUCAACCAACUCAAGGAAAAGAACCAAUUCAUACGACGAUAAAUCUGAUGACCCAAUGGGAUAUGGAUUUGCUAAGCAAUAUCGGCCAAGUUCAAAAUCUGGUCAAGACGAAUUUGAAAUUUACGGGCAAUAUGUUGCUUCAGAACUAAGAGAGACAAGAGAUCUGCACUCUGUUCUAAUAGCGAAACGUUAUAUAAACGAUAUAUUGUUCAACGCACGCAUGGGAAAGUAUCGUAAAGAUUCUGCUGGUAAUAACAACAACAGUAAAGGUAUUAAAACAGAACGUGAUCAUGAUUCUGAUGAUGAUGAAUAAAAUACAUGUCUAAAAGCAUGGAGUUUUAAUUAACUUACAGAUGCCCCAGCGAU